AUGGAUAGGAGAAGUUUGUACGGUCUUCUGUUCAUUUUUUAUAUCAUUUCAAGCCAAGAAAUAAUUUCUUAUCAUUCAGAAUCUCUUCUUAAAAACGCAUCGCGGAAUUUAUUGUGGAACAAAAAAAUUACGUCAAUUAUAAAAGAACAUAAUGAUUUCGCUUAUCACUAUGAAAGUGACUUACAUUUUGGUAAUCGAAUCAAAAAUGUUAAAUCUAAAAGAGCCGUCGAUCCAGUGUUUCACGGACAUCCGAAGACCAGAGAGGAGUUAUGGUAUGAGCGCUUCUUAAAUAGGAGCAGUGUCUUUGAUCAAACGCCGUCGUUAAUAAAACUGAUACAGAACAUAACUCUGACCUACCUCAAUGAAUGUACGCCGGUUAUAUUAUACGAUAGUCAAAUUAAACUGAAGGAAAGUUAUUUGUUUCAAAAUUUACUUAGAAACUUUCCGGUAUCGUUUGUCCAUGGAUACAUCAAUGAACACAGUCAAUUACAAGAACCGAAACUACUGCAGCCUGUUCGGGAGUGUUUGCAUUUCAUAAUUUUUCUCUCUGAUGUAAAAGUCAGCGCAAAAGUUUUAGGCAAACAGUCGGAGAGCAAAGUUGUUGUAGUCGCUAGAUCUUCGCAAUGGGCGGUACAUGAAUUCUUAUCUAGUUCAUUUUCAAGAGGAUUUAUCAAUUUAGUAGUCAUCGGACAGAGUUUCAAAGAAGACGAUGAUUCAACUAUAGAAUCACCGUAUAUAUUAUACACUCAUAAAUUAUACACGGACGGAUUGGGUGCAAGUAAGCCUGUCGUUCUCAAUUCUUGGUCUCAUGGAAAGUUUUCGAGGAAUGUAAAUUUGUUUCCACCAAAAAUGACAGGAGGGUAUGCGGGACAUAGAGUCGUCGUAGCUGCAGCCAAUCAACCACCUUUCGUUUUUAGAAGAAUAAAAUCUGAUCUCGAUGGUGGAAAUCCAAGAGUUGUUUGGGAUGGAAUUGAAAUAAGGUUGUUACAUUUACUAGCCGAGAAAAACAAUUUUUCUAUAGAAAUUGUAGAGCCUCAAGAACUUCAUUUAGGGUCAGGUGAUGCUGUUGCCAAAGAAAUAGCCAAAGGUCGGGCAGAUAUUGGUGUAGCUGGAAUGUAUCUCACUAUAGAUAGAACCAGAGAAAUGGAUGUCACAUUUGCGCAUUCUCAAGAUUGUGCUGUUUUUAUUACACUUAUGUCCACAGCUUUGCCACGGUACCAGGCGAUUCUUGGUCCUUUCCAUUGGCAUGUCUGGGUUGCUUUAACAUUAACAUACCUGUUUGGUAUGUUUCCUUUGGCUUUUUCUGAUAAGCAUACCCUGAGACAUCUGAUUAAUAAUAGUGGCGAAAUAGAAAACAUGUUUUGGUAUGUCUUUGGUACCUUUACAAAUUGCUUUACGUUCCUCGGCAGAAAUUCAUGGAGUAAAACCGACAAGAUCACUACUAGAUUACUCAUUGGAUGGUACUGGAUUUUUACAAUAAUUAUUACAAGUUGUUACACUGGCUCCAUUAUAGCAUUUGUAACGUUGCCAAUGUUCCCGGAGACUGUUGAUACUAUUCACCAAUUACUAGCGGGUUUUUACAGAGUGGGGACUUUAGAUCGGGGUGGCUGGGAAAGAUGGUUCCUCAACUCAUCAGAUCCUAAUACAAAUAAGCUCUUGAAGAAAUUGGAGUUAGUACCCAAUGUCGAGGCUGGAAUCAUGAACACGACCAAAGCAUUCUUUUGGCCGUACGCCUUUUUGGGAUCAAAAGCUGAACUCGAAUAUAUUGUGCAAUCUAAUUUUACGAAAACCACAUCAAAAAGAGCCGUCCUUCACAUUUCUAAUGAAUGUUUUGUACCAUUUGGAGUUACUAUUGGAUUUCCAAAUAAUUCCUUGUAUACAGCCAAACUGAAUAAUGACCUAAGAAGGAUGGUACAAAGUGGCAUAGUAGAUAAAAUAGUAGACGAAGUCCGUUGGGAAAUGCAAAGAAGCAGUAAUGGGAAAUUACUUUCUGCAGUUGGAGGUUCUUUGAAAGUAUCUGCAGCUGAGGAGAAAGGAUUGACCUUAGAAGACACUCAAGGCAUGUUCUUACUAUUAGCAGCAGGCUUCCUCAUAGCAGCAACGGCACUUAUAUCCGAAUGGAUUGGCGGAUUCUCUAAGCUAUGUAGAUUCAGAAAGAAGAAAAACACGCUUGUAAAUUCUAGUACCAAAGAAGAUUCAAUAAAUAUGCCACCAACUGACAGCAAAGAUUUUAAAACAGAGACAGAAAGUGUUCUCCAUUUUUGUUCAAGAUCUACUAGCCCUGGUUCUAAUGAAUCCUUAGACGGACAAAUUAUAAAUGUAACAGAAGAAAGUAUAGAAAUUCAUAAGCAAUUUACCUCUGAAUGGGAUUCUAGAAGAUCUAGUUCAGUCGAUUUGGAGAAAGAAGUGAAGGAAAUAUUCGAAAGAGAUCUGAGGAGACGUGGUGCUGCUUUAAAUAAUUGUCAGGAUGUUGUUCUUGAAACUCGGCAAAGUACUGCGUCGAAUAAUGCUUUUGGGGAUGCUGUUAAAUAAAUUGCAGAGACUAAUUCGGAUUCGCAGAUCGACGAGGCUUCCUUCGAAUUUUUAAAUAUAUAAGCAGUAUUUUAUUGGUUAAUACAAGCUAAAACAACAACCCUUGUCAAUUUAGAAAACAAGACCGGCCAUUGGUGCAUCCCCAACACGUCUUGCCAUCGGGGAAUGUUGUUUCAAAUAUAAAAUUAAUUAUUUAAUUAUGUUUUUAUGUUAUGUUAUGUUUUAUGUAUAUUAACUUUAGAAACAGGCGGGUAUUAUGAGUAUUUUUUAUAUGUUUUACUAGUGGUAGGACCUCUUGUGAGUCCGCGCGGGUAGAUACCACCACCCUGACUAUUUCUGCGGUGAAGCAGUAAUGCGUUUCGGUUUGAAGGGUGGGGCAGCCGUUGUAACACUAUACUUGAGAUCUUUGAACUUAUAUCUCAAGGUGGGUGGCGCAUUUACGUUGUAGAUUUCUAUGGGCUCCAGUAACCACUUAGCACCAGGAGGGCUGUGAGCUCGUCCACCCAUGUAAGCAAUAAAUAAAAAAUUUUAAAUGUGACACAAUUCCCUGGUGACUUGUGGUGAUAAUCGUGUAGUUGAGCCGGUUUACUUAAGAGAAUUAUCGUUUUAACUUUAAUUGGAGAUAAUAGAUAAUGGAUACAAUUGAAAUGAAAACAACAAAUGAUGUUUAUGGAUGAUUAUCAUCAUAUCAGUGAUACGAUAUGUUUUAAUUUGUGAAUAGUUUUCCAGAGCAUUGUGGCACAUUACGAAAAUGCACUUACAGCCAAGAAAGUUUUUUUUAAAUCGACACCUGUAUAGUACGUAGUAUAUGUUGAAAACAGUAUACCGAAAGCCGGUAUAAUCGCAUCGCUCCAUACACUGUACGUCUUAUUCUUUAGGCCACGACGAUUUUUAAUCUACUUAUCUACUUAAUAUUCUCUUAUGUUUUGUAAAAGUUUAAAUAAAAUACAAAACUGACAUCCAACUCUUUAUUAUUCUUCGAACAGUCAUGAAAAUAAUUUAUAACAAUUUUUCUAACACUGUCGAUUAACAUUAAUAUUCCAUUCAGCCACUGAGAUGUUCUGCAUUCAUCAAACAAUCUUUUAUUUUAUACACACGACAGACAAUUGUUUCAACGCAAAUACAGACGCCAUUAGACCUAAAUAGAUGCAGUAUUUGGCCCGGCCUUAACUUAAAAAUAAUAUUAUGACUUAAAACAUCGGUCACCCGAUGAUAGUAAAAAUAUCGAAUAAAAUACAACAGAUUUCUCAUUUUUAUUGUAAACUCAAACGCUCGUAUUCCUAAGUAUCUACCUAACCAAUUU